AUGACCGAGAAAAACGCUGCGCAAACGGGCACGAGACCCGAACAACCCGGCAAUGGUACCUUAGGAAAUCUCAAGAACAAUAUGGCCGAGGGAGACGCAGCCAAAAAGGACUUGAGCGCCAAAGACAACUCGCGAAAUUCUCCAGCGUCCAAAGGUGAAAACGCUGCUGCGGGGACUCACGCCAGCCCCAAGAAGCGUCGCAAGGUUAAUCAUGAGCCUUCAAAGCGAGCUCGGAGUGAACACGAACAUUCUGCAGCGGAUGACGAAAGUGUGCAGAACAAUGACUUUUCCAACGUCCUUCAAGGUAUGACUAGCAAUGUCGACGUCCCGGAUGCUGCCGGUCAGCAAAUCCUCCCCAAUGGGCUUCCAUCGUCGUCUGUGCAGCACGGCAGCCUCUCCUCUUCUUCAGGCCAAGGCCCCGGCGCAACUUCCCAGCCACUUCUCGGUUACAAUGACUGGCUUGGUGGCCAAAGCCAAUUUCAGGAUAUGCAUACUUUUCAUCCUUCGUACAUGUUCAAUGCCCCGGAGGUCACAAACGAAUAUAACCUUCUUGGUGACUUCCUGAGUAACAGUCUCUUGGAUGACGGAUCUAUGUUCCAGAAUGAUGAUCUGCAAGGGAUUUAUUCUGACCCGACGUUGAUCAGUUCGAUGGCAACACUCAGUGGGGGACCUAACGCGGCGUUACUCCAGCAAUCACAACCGCCGCCUUUGACUCAGAACCAACCAUCUCAGGGCGAUUCAAUCCAAGGUCCGACCAGUGGAGCGGUAAACGAUAAAGCGCGCGAAACGUAUUACAUGACGGCAGCAGAUCCCUCCGGGUCUGACCCACCGGAAGAGCGAAUGAACAAACUUCUCAAGGCUAAAUACGACGCUGGCCUUCUCAGACCAUUUAACUACGUAAAGGGCUACGCCAGGUUAAACCAAUAUAUGGAAAAGAAUCUACAGCAAGCCUCACGCCAGAAGAUUCUCCGACAACUCGAUAAAUUCAGGCCCAAGUUUCGGGAGAGAAUGCAGAGUCUGACGGAUAUCGAACUCAUUCUUGUGGAGAUGUGGUUUGAACGGAGCUUGAUGGAAUACGAUCGUGUUUUCGCUAGUAUGGCGAUUCCCGCUUGCUGCUGGAGACGUACGGGAGAGAUCUUUCGAGGCAACAAGGAGAUGGCAGAAUUGAUCGGAGUCCCAAUCGAAAGUCUAAGAGACGGCAAGCUAGCCAUUCAUGAAAUUAUUGUGGAAGAUCAGCUUGUGAGCUACUGGGAGAAAUUUGGAGCAAUUGCUUUUGAUAAUACACAAAAGGCAAUGCUCACAAGCUGCACAUUGAAAAGUCCCGACCCUAACGCUCCCGGCGAUGGGAUUCCCUGCUGCUUUUCAUUCACAAUACGGAGAGACCCGCACAAUAUUCCAUCUCUCAUUGUUGGGAAUUUCCUCCCAUCUCAACGAAAGAGCAAAUGA